AUGGGCAACGCAGAGAGCAUGGAGAGCCAGCUGGCCGUCAUCCGGUCCAGAGCCGCCCCGGUCCGCCUGCCCAUGCCCGACCCGGCCGAGCUGGAGGAGAGGUUCUCCAUCGCCCUGAACUCGAUGAACCUGCCCCCAGACAAGGUGCGUCUGCUGCGUUCGUAUGACAACGAGAAGAAGUGGGAGCUGAUCUGUGAUCAGGAGAGAUUCCAGGUGAAAAACCCUCCUCACACCUACAUCCAGAAGCUGAGAGGCUUCCUGGACCCGGCCGUGACACGAAAGAAGUUCAGACGCAGAGUUCAGGAGUCAACGCAAACGCUCAGAGAACUUGAGAUUUCCCUGCGUACAAACCACAUCGGGUGGGUCAGGGAGUUCCUCAACGAGGAGAACCGUGGUCUGGACGUUCUGGUGGAGUAUUUGUCCUUCGCUCAGUACGCCGUCACCUUUGAUGGAGAGCAGUCGGACGCCGGUAGUGAGGUGGGCUCCAUUGACUCACCAUGGAGUCGCUCUAUAGAGGACCUUCACGGCGACUGUAGUCUCCCGUCUCCGUCCUCGUCCAUCUCUCGCUCUGCCCGCCACUCCAUCAGCUCCGCUCUGGUGACACGGUCCAACACCCUGCCGAGUCGCCGGACCCUGAAGAACUCGCGACUGGUCUGCAAGAAGGACGACGUCCACGUGUGCAUCAUGUGCCUGAGAGCCAUCAUGAACUACCAGUACGGCUUCAACAUGGUGAUGUCCCAUCCUCACGCCGUCAACGAAAUCGCCCUCAGCCUGAACAACAGGAAUCCCAGGACCAAGGCGCUGGUUCUGGAGCUGCUGGCAGCAGUGUGUCUCGUCAGAGGAGGACACGAGAUCAUCCUGUCCGCCUUCGACAACUUCAAAACGGUGUGCAACGAGUCCAUGCGUUUCGAGAAGCUGAUGGAACAUUUUAAGAAUGAAGACGACAACAUCGACUUCUUGGUGGCCUGCAUGCAGUUCAUCAACAUCGUGGUGCACUCGGUGGAGGACAUGAACUUCAGAGUUCAUCUGCAGUACGACUUCACCAAACUCAACCUGGAGGAACACCUGGAGAGAUUAAAGCACACGGAGAGCGACCGGCUGCAGGUUCAGAUCCAGGCCUACCUGGACAACGUCUUUGACGUCGGGACGCUGCUGGAAGACGCGGAGACAAAGACGGCCGCUCUGGAGAGAGUGGAGGAGCUGGAGGAGAACCUUUCUACAAUGUCAGAGCGUCUGCUGGACGUGGAGAACGAGGCCAUGCUGAAGAUCGUGGAGCUGGAGAAACAGCUGAUGCAGACCAACAAAGAGCUGGACCAGCUGCGGGAGGUGUACGCCACCGCCAACACUCAGGUGCACACCUUAAGGCGGAUAGUCCGGGAGAAAGAUCAGACCAUCCGCCGGCAGAGUCGUCUGGAGCGCCAGGCUCAGGACGCCCAGCAGUCUGGAGGACCUGGAGCUCCUCAGCCUCAACGAGGAGAGGGAGACGGUGGAGUGGCUGACUCCGCCUCCCCCUCUCCUCCACCGUGUCCCACCCUGUCCCCCAGCCCUGAGACGGUAGCCUACCAUAGCAUGGGACCAGGGCCUGCUGGAGCUCCGGGCAUGCCAGCUCCACCCCCUCCUCCACCCCCACCACCCAUGCCAAGCACAGUAUCCAACGGACCGUACCCCGCACCUCCUCCUCCGCCGCCCCCUCCGCCUCCCCCGCCCUGUAGGACCAGCGAGCUCUCCUCCGUCCCCAUGCCCCCGCCUCCUCCUCCCGUGGCCCCGCCCCUCCCAGGGUGCGGGGGGUCACCGACCGUCAUCUUUAACUCUGGACUCGCAGAGGGUCCGCUCAAGUUGUUCUCCGUGAAAAUCAAGAAACCCAUCCAGACCAAGUUCAGGAUGCCGGUGCUGAACUGGGUGGCCCUGAAGCCCAGUCAGAUCAACGGAACCGUGUUCAACGACAUCGAUGACGAGUCCAUCCUUCAGGACCUGGACAUGGAGGGCUUUGAGGAGCUGUUCAAGACCAAGGCCCAGGGUCCGGCCGUGGACCUGACGCUGUCCAGGCAGAAGCUGCCGCAGAAGGCGCCGUCCAAGGUGUCUCUGCUGGAGGCCAACCGGGCCAAGAACCUGGCCAUCACCCUGAGGAAGGCCGGCCAGGCCUCUGAGGUCAUCUGCCGCGCCAUUCACACGUUUGACCUCCGCACGGUUCCCGUCGACUUCGUGGAGUGCCUGACGCGCUUCAUCCCCACGGAGGGCGAGCUGAAGCUGCUACGGCAAUACGAGAGGGACAGAAAGCCUCUGGAGGCGCUGAGCGACGAGGACCGCUUCAUGAUGCAGUUCAGCCGCCUGGAACGGCUCGGCCAGCGCAUGACCAUCAUGACCUUCAUGGGCAACUUUGCAGACAACAUCCAGAUGCUGACGCCGCAACUCCACGCCAUCAUCGCCGCCUCCGUCUCCAUCAAGUCCUCCCAGAAACUGAAGAAGAUCCUGGAGAUCAUCCUGGCUUUGGGGAACUACAUGAACAGCAGCAAGAGAGGAGCGGUGUACGGAUUCAAGCUGCAGAGUUUAGACCUGCUGCUGGACACCAAGUCCACGGACAGGAAGCAGACGCUGCUCCACUACAUCGCCAACGUGGUGCGGGAGAAGUUCCCUGGAGUGACGCUGUUCUACAACGAGCUGCACUACGUGGACAAAGCUGCAGCAGUGAGUCUGGAGAACGUGCUGUGUGACGUGAAGGAGCUGCAGCGCGGCAUGGAGCUCACCUGGAGAGAGUUCAGCGUGUCCCACAACGCCACGCUCAAAGACUUCAUCAGCAGGAACGAGUCGCGCCUCAACAAGCUGCAGGAGGACGCCCGCAUCGCGCAGGACGCCUUUGAAGACGCCGUGAAGUUCUUUGGGGAAAGCUCCAAGACCAUGCCGCCGUCCGUCUUCUUCCCCAUCUUUGUGCGCUUCAUCAAGGCCUACAGGGUGGCGGAGGAGGAGAACGAGCAGAGACGCCGGCAGGAGCAGAUGCUGCUGGAGAAACUGGAGCAGGAGGAGCAGCAGGAGGAGGCCACCAAGUCUCCGUCCCACAAAGGCAAGCGGCAGCAGCAGGAGCUGAUCACCGAGCUGAGGCGGAAGCAAGGCAAGGACAGCCGGCACGUGUACGAAGGGAAGGACGGCGCCAUCGAGGACAUCAUCACAGCACUGAAGACGGUUCCUUUCACCGCGCGGUCGGCCAAACGCAGCUCCCGCUUCUUCUGUGACCCCGCCCACUCUGAGGAGCACUACUGAGCCGCCGACCCUGGAGCGACGGGACCAACUAGCACUUUGAACGUUUCUGACUACUUCAUGUGAACGGAUCACAUAAUGUCUUUGUUUACCGGCCACAGGCCAAGAACCCAGACCUGCCGCUGACCUCUGGUGCUUCCAGGCCGCCUCAGGAGACCCAUAAACCCGGCGGCUGGCAGACGGCCACCAUGAUUCAGUAGAUCUGACCUGUUAUGGUCACCGGUGAACACCAUGGACGGGCGCAGACCUUUGAGCUGGUAACUCUCUGACAAAGGUUCACUGCCCUUCCUGGGUUGAGCUCAGAGCUCAGGAGGUCCAUAGCCCCCUUGUGGAGCAGCUGGAACAGAACCAGGAACCUUCUACAAUCACAGGAAGGCUCACCCAGGCAGAACCAACCAACACCUCUGGACUCAGCAGGUCCAGCUAAAGCCAGCGCUCUGGGUCUGCAGGUCUCAGGUUGUUCUGGGUUCUUGUGGUCUCUGUCCUCUUGUACAGGGUUCUACUCUUUUCACUUCACUGUAAUCUUCUAUGUUCUGCUGUAUUUACUGGCUUUUCACAGACUCCAGGCUCUAGAAAUAGUUACCAUCCAAGUUCCCGUAAACUUCUGGCCCAACCACAGCUAGGCCUGUCACGAUGCCACGUUCUGCUGGACGAUGAGGUUUUCCAAAACGUAGUGCAAUAAAUCAUAUUAUUGUCAUUUACAGGCCUUUUCCAGCUAAUAUGAUGAUGGCAUAAAAAACGGCAGUAUCUCCUCAGGACCUGCCGGCUCAGACAGACUGAACGGUGCCGUCACUUGGUUUAAAUCUCAAAAACUCCCACCCUGCAGCGGUCAUGAUGAAUUAAAUCAUGUCAUUAAAUUGUAUCAUGUGAUUAAUUGAUUAUCGCGACAGGCCUAACCACAGCCACACUGUUAAACCGCCCUUAUUCCUGAAGAGACACCAGCAGAGUCAGCAAAGCUGACCAGAAAUCAGAUUUCCUGACCCUGACGGGCCCAAAGUGGUGGC